AUGAAGCAGUCGGUCGCCGAAACAAUGAUGAAGUUGUUCGAGUCAGGUCAUAUGACCAUGGAUGACUUUGAUGAACGCGCCGUGGAGAUGAUGAACUCAUUUCCUGAAGAACAAGCUCGUUAUGUCAUUGAUCAACUGAGGGAGUCGAGGCUUUUCGGAGUCCUGAAUAAGCCUCAGUACCUAAUGUCUCUGAUGCGCAAUUUCCGCGAUCGCAUUCGAGCCCAGGGAGCCCAGGCAGUUAUGGCUGGAAAACUCAUCAAUGGCCCCGAUCCGGACAAAAUGACGGAAAUUCUGAAGAGAACAGGCUACACCUUGGAAAUCACCGUUGGACAGCGGAAGUAUGGUGGUCCGUGUCCUGACUGGGAUGGACCUGCAACUGGACCUGCUGGACAAGGACACGAGAUCUACAUCGGUCACAUUCCCCAUGAACUGUUCGAGGAUUCUAUCGUGCCUCUCUUCGAAACAUGCGGAAAAAUUUGGGACCUGCGACUUAUGAUGGACCCCAUGUCGGCCAAGAACAGAGGAUAUGCUUUCCUUACAUACGUCGAGAAGUCGUCCGCCUCAGACGCUGCUAAAAAGUAUGAUGGACACGAAAUUUUGCCGGGAAAAGCUCUGAAAGUGAACGUCUCUGUCGCAAACACACGUCUGUUCCUGGGAAACAUCCCCAAGUCGAAAACUAAAGCCGAAAUUCUAGAGGAGCUCAAAAAGCACGCAGAGGGUGUCACCGACGUGAUCGUCUACACUAUUCCGGAUGCAACCGAGCGAUACAAGAACAGAGGAUUUUGCUUCGUCGAUUUCCAAGAUCACAAAACUGCUUCUGAUGCGAAAAGGAAGAUUCAGCAACACAAGAUUCGUCCGUUCAACAGCGAACUUGUUGUUGAUUGGGCGGAACAGCAAGAGGAGCCCGAUGAGGACACAAUGAACAAGGUGAAAGUGCUAUAUGUGCGCAACCUGAAGGAAUGUGUAACGGAAGAUAAGCUGAAGGAGAUCUUUGCGCCGUACGGAGAGAUCGAACGCAUAAAGAAGAUCAAGGAUUAUGCUUUCGUCCACUAUAAAGAACGCGAGCCAUGCCUGAAGGCACUGGAGGAAUGGAAUGGAAAGGAAAUUGAAGGUGUCGCGGUUGACUGCUCCCUUGCAAAGCCGCAAGUAGAAAAGAAGAAGAAGCCGGCGGGACGAGGACGAGGAAUGGGAAUGGGCAUGGGUAUGGGAAUGGGUAUGGGUAUGGGCUACGGAGGCCCAGGAUUCGGUGGUCGUGGUCGAGCGAACAACAUGUAUCCAAAUAUGGGCUACGAUGAUUAUGCCUUCGGAGGAUACGGUAUGGGUGGCGGAUACGGUGACUACGGCGGUUAUGGUGGCUAUGGCGGAUACGGCGACUUCCAGAAUGGUGGAUACGGCCCACCUUAUGGAGGUUUCGGUGGAGGAUAUGGUGGAGGCCGAGGCGGUGGAUACCGUGGUGGACGUGGUGGAAACAGAGGAGGCCAAGGAGGACGAGGAAAGCGACCAGGUGACAGAUCUGGUGGACCAGCCUCGAAGCGAGAUAACGGGGCCCCCGAUUUUUCCGCUGAUGUCAACAUGAGCUCGUUUUAA